AUGCCCGAGAAAGAAACAAUCGUAGUAAUCGGCGCCGGAGUAAUCGGCCUCACAACCGCCCUCCGCAUCCAAGAAACCCUCCACCGCAACCAAACCAUCCAGCUCAUAGCCCGCGACUUCCCCAACACCACAUCCCUAAACUACGCCUCCCCGUGGGCCGGCGCCCACUACCGCCCGGUCCCCGGUUCAACACCGCAAGCCCUCCGCGAAGAAACCCAAGCCAAACAAACCUACAGCUACCUCAAGCAAUUGGCAAAAAGCGACCCCUCCUCGGGCGUAGCAAUCAUAGAAGGAAUCGAACACCUCGAGAACCCACCUUCCGAAUAUCUCGACGAAAGGAGUAUCAAAGAAUGCUACGGUCAUCUUGAUGGGUUCAGGAUCCUAGGGAAAGACGAAUGUCCCGAGGGGGUGAAAUGGGGAGCUCGAUAUGAAACUGCGGUGAUUAAUUCGCCGGUGUAUUGUGCGUAUCUUCUAAGGAAGUUUGUGCUUGGUGGUGGGGUUACGAGGGAAUAUACAGUCACGGAUCCGAGGGAGGCGUUUUAUUUAGCGCCGAAUGUGAGGACGGUGGUUAAUUGUUCGGCAUUGGGGUUUGGGGAUGAGAGGUCGUUUAUUAUUCGGGGGCAAACGUGUCUCGUGCGGAAUCCUUGCAGUCAGACUGUGACGAGGCAGAAUUCCGAUGGGUCUUGGUCCUUCUGUAUCCCGCGUCCCUUGUCCGGGGGCACCAUUAUUGGGGGUACGAAGCAGCCGCGCGACUAUGAUCCCAAUCCGUCGGUGGAGACGAGGGAGAAGUUGCUUGCCAAUGCGGCCAAGUGGUUCCCGUUUGAGCCGGGGAGUGAGGGGAAGUUUGAUGUGAUUCGGGAUAUUGUAGGUAGGAGACCGGCUAGAGAGGGUGGGAUGAGGAUUGAGGUGGAGAAGGUUGGAGAAGGUCGGUUUGUGGUCCAUGCUUAUGGGGCUGGGGGGAGAGGCUUUGAGUUGUCGUACGGAGUGGCGGGGGAUGUUGUCAAGUUGAUGGUGGGUAAUAAGUUGGUUGGCGAGAGAGCUUCGUUGUAG